AUGGACCCUUUUUCCAUCGCGACUGGCGUUGCCGGUCUCAUUUCCCUUGGCCUGGCGGUUUCGGGCGGACUGAUUCAAUAUUGUAGAGACUACAAAUCCCAAGAUACAGAUCUCGUCAAAUUGACGCAACACGCCCAAGACCUUGAAUCAUUGCUCAGCCUUAUUGAGAAUCGAAACACUGGACCACAGAGCCCUAGUAGAGACAUCACUACUUCAUUGCAAAAUUGUCAAGAUGCUUGCGACGCCUGUCUGCGGGAUUUCAAGCGGAUGAAUGCGAAAUACGCCAGUUCGAAGCAUGGUCAGACCUUCAAAGGACGUGGCCGGGAACUCCUUCAUAACUUGAAAUAUCCGUUUGACAAAGGGAGGUUUGAUGAUUGUCGUUCUCAGCUUCAAGAAUUCAAUGCCAGAUUGCUGGGGCACUUGCAAUUGGCUAAUCUCGAUCUUACUCGAGACAUAAGGUGUACAAUGAUUCUUGAAUUUGCGCAAGUUACCACAGCUGUCGACUCCGCAGCUAGACAGCUUCAAUCUUCUAUCUCGGAUGUCAACAGUGCAGUGACUAGCACGAUACGUGAUGGCGUCGGCCAGCUGGAAUAUUCGUUUCAACGAAGCCUUCAGAAAACCGAGAGCAGUAUGGUGUCAGCUAUUGCUCAUCAACUAGACCAGGUUAUCCAGACACUACAAAACCAGAGUAAGGCACAGGCAACAAGUACCUCAGCCGAAAACCGAAUAGCACUAGAUUUAUAUAGCAUGAACGAUACUCGCCAAGAUAGAAGCGCUACGAGGACACCAUCUUCGGUAAUGUUUGGAAGAGCUGUUCUCUGCGAUUGUCCAAAAGCGCAGCACGGGUACUCAAGUACGCGACAUCGAAAAGACUGCCCGUAUUCGUUUACCAAUAAGAAGAAACGGACUUUCUCCAUGAGUUUUCAAGCUUUCCGGCGCCAAGUUAUCUGGACAUGGCAAGUCGAAUAUUCUCCACUAGCGUGGGCUCGGAGUUGGCAAAUACAGCGCAAUCUCACCCUUCGAGCUACUGUACCAUACGACGCUCCUGCGUUUACGAUCAUGUCAGGCAUAAGUUUCAUGUUGCACUCCAGAAUGGCAAUCACCAUACAAGAAAUGAAAAGCACCCUCCAAGAUUACUUAGUUGAACUUCAACAAAUAUUUACAAACGGUAGGGGGUGGCCGACGGACGUGAAUGAAUCAGGAGAGAACUUGAUGCAUUUUUUUAUACGCUCGAUGUAUUUGUUUCUCGAUUCGUCGAAUUCAACAAAAGACGAAGAAUUAUCAACUAUCUUUUUGCAGUUCGCAAGCGCUUUGGUUCUUAUGGGAGUGCCGAUCAAUGAGGUUGACAAAUAUGGGCAAACACCUCUGCGAACCGCAAUCACUCCUGUUAUACCUUUCAAGAAUACCACCUCAGUCACACGGACCUAUAUAGCCAAUAUGUUAAUAAAUAUGGAAGCUACGACCCUCGAAAGCUACAAACCCGAUGAUAUUAUUAACGUCUUAUCCUUGAAUAAUACCAAUAUAUAUGAUAGCUUUAGUUGCACUGAAUUCUUGUAUGAAGUACUACUUCGCUCAGGAUCUAGCUUCGUUCGCCUUCGUGCCGACCCUUCUCUGAUAUACGAACGCACCAGGGAUGGCCAAACAGCAUUGCACUUAGCAGCCAACUGGCCUGAAGGCAUUUCGACUCUAAUCAAAUCCGUGGGCUUGACUAUAAAAUCUAUAAUCAAUAAAGAAGAUGCAUACGGACAUGCCGCUUUGCUAUACGCAAUAAUGUUAGAUGAAUCAGAUUCCGUCCAACUGUUACUUGAUGCUGGUGCGACUAUUACGGGACAGAUAAUCGGUUGCCUUGGAGUUAUAGGAGAUGAAAGACGGAGGGUGGUGCAAAUCGUAAUCACAUAUCUCGCACAGCGACAAACCGGAUUGUUGAAGCUUGCACUGCAAAAUCUUCCAGUUGAGAUUAUCAACAAGCUUAGAUUGAGGGAGGAUGAAGUCCUCGAUCUUGACGAUAAAGCAUUGGACGUUGCCAAGGCCCUCGGGCGACGGCAAGUCCCAAUACCUGUCAUCUACCACAUUCCAGAAAUCAGUCCCGUCUACCAUCGGCUCGCUUACACUCCUUUCAUGGCCCGGGAGUUAUUCGACGCCGGGUUUCACAGGACAGAUACAAAAAUUGCUGGACAUACCCCACUAAUGACCCUACCAUUCCACUAUACAAAUUUCGCUUCCUGUUUAGAGGUGGUCUGCUGGUUCGAAGAUCACGGUGCUGACCUCCAUACGCCAAUUCCUAUACCUGGGCGUUUUAACUUCGUAUCGAAUCCACAAGGACUGGCGCGAGUUUACCCAACUAUGCAUAAAGUAUUUUAUAACCUAGGUCGUGCAUCAUUCUUUUCGGGAAAUAUGAAUAUGAACUUGUCCACAGAAGUUCGAUAUCGAUUCGUAAAGCUACUUCAAGACGAAUACGCAGAUUCUUGUCUUUGCUAUUGCUCUCUUGGUGGGUGUACUUCGGCUUCGAAGUAUGCGCGUGGAUUAUAUGACUCUUGCGGCUCUUAUAUCCAUAUAGCAGAAUCAGAUGUGCUGAGAAUAUUCGAGCGAAGAAUGAUUAGCUAUGAUCAAUGUACAGUAGUAUUAGACUUGAUCCGCGUCAUGACAUUUCAGAGACUUGGUAUGAAGCAUACCUGCUGUAACUACAGACGUUUCAAUAGCCUUCAAAACCUUGUUGAACAAGGGCUUCUCGCUCUCAUGGAGCCAGCAGAGGUCGAAGAAAUACGGGAGGAAGACCGAUAUCUAGCAGAACAGCUGGACUCUUUAAUGAAGGAGUUUGAGGCAAAGCUACGAGAGAUGGGUGUGCCACUGAAUAGGUUUAUAGAGGAAUACUGGUGGCCUAGGAUGGAAGAGGUGAAGAAGGAGCGUGAUGAGUUGUCGGCUGGGGUGUUUCAUGCUAUAAAGGAGAUUGGUGUUGUGCUAGAGGAAUCUUAA